UAAUAAUUGAAAUGAAAAAAAGAAAAAAAGAAAAGAAAAAAUGUCCUUCUCGUUCAAUAUUUAUUUGACUACGAAAACAAUAUUACAUAUGAAAAUGGAUGUGUGUGCCGUCACUGCUAUAGUGGCUUUUCAAACAACGUGUGAUAAUGUUAAAUCUAUGAGUUAAGUUCAAUAGUGUCAAUUACAAGUGUUCCUUGAAUUAAUACGUUCGUCAUGCGUCUUAUAUAUUCUAUUAAAUUUUGGAAAAAGUUGAGAAAUAUUGAUUCACCUUCUCGAUCAAUCAGCAAUCAAUGGAAACAUAUUAUUUAUGGGAAGGAUGUUAUUGAUGGGAAAAAUAAUUCCCAACCGAUAGUUGCAUUGGAAUCCACGAUUAUAACCCAUGGGAUGCCUUUUCCUGAAAACUUUAAAACUGCGCUCAAAGUUGAAGAUGCUGUGAAAAAACAAGGAGCAGUACCUGCAACGAUAGGAAUUAUUGAUGGAAUUAUACACGUUGGUCUUGAUCGUGAACAAUUAAAAGUAUUGUCUAAAACUAAUUCUAGAAAUACAGUUAAAUGUUCUGCCAGGGAUCUAUCUUCUGUCGUAUCACAAAAGUUGAACGGAGGGACUACAGUAAGCGCUACAAUGUUAAUAGCAAAUUUAGCAGGCAUACCGAUUAUGGCCACAGGUGGUAUAGGCGGUGUUCACAGAGAAGCAGAAACUACCUUCGAUAUAAGUACAGAUUUAAUUGAACUUGGUCGUACACCCAUUGCCGUUGUUUGUUCCGGUGUUAAAUCUAUUUUGGAUAUUGGUAAAACGUUAGAAUAUCUAGAAACUCAAGGAGUACCUGUUGUAAAUAUUGGCCAUACUUAUAAUUUCCCAGCUUUCUAUUGUGCUGAAACAUAUGAUCAAUUAAAAGCUCCGUUUAAAGUAAAAGAUUCUAAAGAUGCAGCAGAUCUUAUAAGAAUACAGAGAGAAUUAAAUCUUUCUACAGGCAUAUUAUUAGCUGUUUCUGUUCCUAAAGAGCAUGCAUUGAAUCCUAAUGAAGUAGAAAUAGAAAUAAGUAAAGCAUUAGAAAAGGCUAAACGUAUGCAUAUCAAAGGAAAAAACGUUACACCAUUAUUAUUGAAAGAACUUAAUGAAAUGACAAGUGGCAAGUUUCUUAAGACUAAUAUUGCACUUAUAGAAAACAAUGCUAAAGUUGCAGCAGAAAUAGCAAAAUACCUUUGUGAAGGAACUCAAGCUUCUACCUUAUCUCAACAUUCCAAACACUUACCAGCAUUUAAAAGAAGUCCUGUAGUAGUAGGUGCUGCAAUUCUGGAUACCAUUUUGCAAGUGGAGGAUUCUGAGAUAAAAUUGGACGGUAGAAUGCACGCAGGCCAGGGUCGACAAAGUUGCGGUGGUGUCGGCCGUAACGUAGCCGACGCUUUGAUCAAGCUCGGUGCCCACGAUACGCGUUUUAUUUCCGUCGUUGGCAACGACGAACCUGGGACUGCUAUAUUCCAGAGUUUGAAGGGUGGUGGUGGGACCUUGGAACGUUCCUCUGAUUUAUCCACGGCUAGUUGCACCGUGAUAGUUGAUGCUAAAGGUGAAUGUUGCUUUAUCGUGGGCGAAAUGAGUGCAUUCGCUGCCAUUGAUACUGAUUUAAUAAAAAAAUACCAAACGCAAUUGGAGAAAGCUAGCAUUAUCGUCAUCGAUGCCAAUUUACCCACGGAAACUAUGGCAUUGAUCUUAGAUAUUGCCACCCACGCGAAAAUUCCAGUUUGGUACGAACCAACGGAUGUACGUGUAGCAACAAAAAUAUUCGAAAUUGGAUCGCAAUGGGAAAAUACGUUGCAUUUUGUAUCGCCAAAUAAAAAUGAAUUAUUAGCCAUAAGUAAAUAUUUAGAUAUACCAGUACCCGACAAUAAAUUAAUUACAUUGGAUGAUUUCAACGAAUUAUCGAAUCAUUUAGCAAAGUAUAUUCCAGUAAUCAUAAGUACUUUAGGAUCAGAAGGUGUUUUGAUAACACGUGAAGCUCAAAAAACUGACCCUUUUUAUGAUGAAAAUGGUGUUCUAAUGAAGAACGGUGCAGUUAAUUCUCGAUUAUACACACCGUUAUCUCAAAUUUCCAAAAUUCCAAAUGAAACAUUCAGCACCAGUGGUUGUGGCGAUUGUCUUGCUGCAGGAAUAAUAUAUGGCAUUCAUAAAAGUCUGAACGAAGAAAAUUGUAUAAAUUUAGCUCUCAAAGCUGCUGCUCUAUCUUUGAAAUCUUACAAACCUGUUCCUUCAACAUUAUCAUAUAUAUCAAAUAUAUCAAAUUAUAUAUAAAAUAAUUUUCAUAGC